GCGAAAAACUCAACAUGGCGGCUGCUAAUGAAGGUAAUGGAAGUGGACAAAGUCUGGAAGAUCUCUUGGAUAACGAAGGCACAACAGCUGGUGCUCUCGUUUUAACUGCUUUUAUGACCACAGCAACUCAGCCACUAACAUGUGUUCGACUCUUGAUGCAGGUUGGGCAUGAACCAAUUUCUCCAACUGAGUCAACAACAUUUUUAGGAACUAAGGUCUGGCGAUUACCAAGCUUUUUCCAGUAUGCAAAUCAUGUGAAGAAGAUUAAUGGAUGGAGUGGACUCUACAGUGGAUUAUUACCAAGGGUCUACUCGUCUAUGAUUGGAACUCUUGUAAAUAAUACAAUGCUACAGGCUAUGGGUAAAAAAGACAAUGCCCUUGUCCCAUUGGUUCCUCCAGAAAACAAGAGCAGGCAAGAAGAAUUGGUAGAGUUUGUUGAGGAGACCUGUGUACAGACUGUGGCAAAAUGCAGUGGAAUAAUUAUCAGUCACCCAUUUUAUGUGAUCUCGGUAAGAAUGAUGGUUCAGUUUGUUGGUCAAGAAACUAUUUACAGUGGACUACGUGCAUCGGUCAAAGAGAUUUAUAACAAUGAAGGACUUGCUGGAUUUUUCAGUGGUAUCAUUCCUCGUCUUGUUGGAGAAGUCCUGUCCCUUUUGUUAUAUCGAGGAGCUUGCUUUUUGAUCAGCAAAUAUGCUGUUGACAGUGAGGUCAGCAGAAGGAAAGAAGUACAAGUGUAUGCAAAUGGACUUUUCCAGUAUGCAGCUGGAGUUGUAACUUACCCAUUUGUGUUGGUUUCUCACAUGAUGAUUGUCAAUAAUGUUGGUCUGGCAGGUGGAAAGCCUCCUGCAAUGCCAGUGUUUGAUGGAUGGAGAGACUGUUUUAGAUAUCUUAAAAACACAGGUAACUUGUGGCGUGGAUCUAGCAUGUUUCGACGAACUGUUCGCAAAGUAUCAGGGAUGUAAUUUACAGGGCAGGAAAACAACAGUGUAACAGUGACAAGAAAUGCGAUAAAUACUUGCAAAAUAGUGUACAGUUAGACUGUAUGGUGAAGAAAUGUCACUGUUCUUUUAGUGCACUGCAUUGAAGUACUUUCAGGUUUAUUAAUAGACUGAAGCAGUCUUUGAUGAAUGCAAAUUUAGAAAGCAGGGUUCUAUUUUGCCAUAUUCUGACUUAUCAUUAAGAGCAAUGAAGUGUAUGUUGACAUUUUAUUCUUAGAACACUAGUAUAAAUGUACGUGAGAAGAAUGAGAGUUUGUGAGAACAUGAUGUGCAAGUAAAAAUUCCAGUUUGAAUGUUUA